AUGCCUAUCGAAAUUCGGACUGCGCUCGAAAGCGACCUAAAGCGAUGCGCAGAGGUCGGACACAUAGCCUUUGGCGAAAGCCCAUUCACCCAAAUCAUGUUCCCUGGUUACGUUCCGAAAGAUGGGUUCUUGGGGCUUCGUACAACCGACUUGGUUAGGCAGCUUCGCGACGACCCGACCGUUCGAAUGUUUGUGGCAGUGGACACGGAAAGAAGAGGUGAAUCUGCGAUUGUUGGAUUUGCCAAAUGGCAUAUCUACGAACACGGCAUGCCUUUGAGCAAAGCAAAGCUGCAUUCCUGGGGGAGCAGCUGCAAUGAGGAGGCUUGCAGUUUGGUGUUUGGCGGCGCGGGACUAAUGCGAGACCGACUGAUGGCAUAUAAGGCGUGCGUUUACCUUCAUAUCUUGGUGACUGAACCUCAGUAUCAACAUCGCGGCGUGGGGCAACAUCUUCUUGCAUUUGGAAUCCAGGAGUCUCUUCGACUAGAAGUUCCGAUCUACCUGGAGACAACAGAAGCUGGCCAUUCUCUUUAUCAAAAAGUCGGCUUUGACGACAUUGAAGUCCACCGAGCUGACUUGACCAAGUUUGGCGAGCAUCGUCCGCAUAUGAUAUGGGGAAUGAUCAGAGAACCAUAUUCCUGGUUCCCAUGA